AUGAAACCACUUCGCGCCUUUUCCACUUCUCUCUGUCUAUUGCCUUGGACUUUUCAUCCCACCAACGCCAAAGAUAAAUUCGAUCCGACUAGCUACGCCAGCUCGGACGUUAUUACAUGUGAUGUUGCAGUGAUCGGAGGUGGCUCUUCUGGCACCUAUGGUGCUAUCAAUCUCCACAAACGAGGGCAAAGCGUGGUGCUUGUCGAGAAAGAGGCGGUUCUUGGAGGCCAUACAAACACUUACACUGAUCCCCUGACGAAUAUCACAAUUGACUAUGGUGUUCAAGCGUACUGGAAUAUACCGGUCACGCAGAACUAUUUGAAUUAUCUGGGCAUUGAAACAACAGAAUACACGGGGUAUUCAAGAAAGGAGUUCUAUGCCAAUUUUGAAACGGGACAGGAAGUCACGUUCACUGCGAGCAGCAAUUAUACGGCCUACGUCAAACAGAUAGAGAAGUAUCCGUACCUAGAGUGGAGUUGGAACUUACCCAAUCCCGUUCCUAGCGACCUUCUUUUGCCAUUCGCCAAAUUCAUGCAAAAGUAUGACCUAGAAGAUUUAGGAUACAAUGUCUUCUGGGCUGCGCAAGGCCUGUCAAAUGUACUGGAACAGUUGACGGUCAACGUGUUCAAAAUCUUUGACAAGUCAUUCAUCGAUGCCCUACAAGGGGGUGACGUGAGAAGUGUUGACGGCAACGGGGAAAUAUACAACAAAGCUUCUGCGAUACUGAAGGGAAAGGUGCUGUACUCUUCCCAAGUCGUCGCAUCCAGCCGGCCAGCCGACGGCACUCAUGUAAAGCUGGCUGUGGCAACUCCCAGAGGGAACAAACUUAUCAUCGCAUCGAAGCUCCUCGUCAGCAUUCCACCUCUAUUUAACAACAUGAAGCCUUUCGGCCUAACGACCCGCGAGUCCAAUAUCUUUUCGCAGUGGAGUUACAGCGGAUAUUAUACUAUUCUAGUCAACAACACUGGCCUUCCUUCCGGUUACCGAUUUCGGAACGCCAAUGCAGCAACGCUUUCCAAUAUUCCGAAGCUCCCGGGUCCCUACCAAAUCACUGAAACAAAUAUCCCUGGACUAUUUUAUAUCUGGUAUGGGAGCCCCUAUGCCUUGGAAGAAGCUGCCGUGAAAAAAGACAUCACAGCGGUUAUCCGUCGAUUGCAGAAAGCCGUCGGCGCAAACGGAUCCCCAGUGCCACAUUUCGUGGAAUUCAAAAGCCAUACGCCGUUUAAACUGGUGGUCAGUGGUGACUCUAUUCGCGACGGGUUUUACAGAGAUUUAGAGGAGUUACAAGGCUAUAGAAACACAUGGUAUACAGGGGCUGCGGUUAUCUCCCAUAGCUCAGCAAUCUUGUGGAACUUCACGGAGACCCUUCUCCCACAGAUCAUCGCAGCUCAAAGUUGA